UAAAGCUGUGUUGUGCCAGGGAGUGUGGUUACUAAGUCAACAUUGAUCUUGUUGAAUUGUCUUUGGCCUGCGUGUCUUUUCCUUUGUUGCCAGGUCAAUGGCUCUUGGUGGUGCUUUAAAGGCACUCCACUUGAUUUUACUAGUUUUGUGCUGUGUUUUUGCACAAAAAGAUGGUGGCUUUGCUGUUUCUCCAAGAGACUGCCCCCAUGCUGGCCUUGUUCCUGGCAGCUUGAGCCCCUCCCAGAGUCAAGCUAGCUUAGGGAGCUUUAAGCCUGGUCCAGCCCAGCUGUCCCCAAAUGUCUAUGGUUCUGCUUUACGUGGGCUUUCCCCUGAAAGCUCUGCUUCAGUUAAACUUGCUUCUAGUAACUCUUGGAUGGCAAAUUUGCCAGGUUCUAGCAACUAUAACCCUGUUACUCCUAAGCCUGCUGCAAAUGGAUGUAUUACUGGAAGUUCUGGUUAUCCCCAGACAUGCUCUGAUACUAUGCAGAGCAUUGGUUCCCAGGGUGGGAUUGGAUCUGCUGAAAAACUGGGUACUCUGCCUGGUUAUGUGUCUAAUCCCAUACAGAAUGUGGGCUCCUUGAGUGGUGGUUCCAAUGCCAUGGGCCCUCAAGCAGUUUCUGGUUCUGCUCCAAGCCCAGGAACCCAGACUUACUAUGGUUCUGUAUCUACUCAAAGCCAAGAUGCAUUAAGUUAUGGCUCUCAGUGGACUGCUCCUUCUCCAAAAGGAAUUGGUUCCCAAAUGAGCUCUAGUUCUACUUUGCCAAUUGAUGGUCCUACUCAAUGGCUGGGCUUCCAGGGUGGUUCUAAACAUCGUCUAGGUACAGGCUCCCAGCCUAGCUACAGUUCUGGUUUGGACCUUGGUGUUUCUCAGGGAUUGUAUGGUUACUCUCAGCUCAGUGCUACAUCUGACCAGGUGGCUAAUUAUGUAUCCGGCCUAAAAAAAGGGUCACUCCCAACUUCUACCCAGUGGGUGGGAUCUGAGACCUUAGGCGUUCAGAGUUCUCAUAGCUUUCCUGGUUCUGGAUAUUUGCUUGGUGGAGCCUCUAGUGCAACACCUGGCCCUGCCUUAGGAAUAGGAUAUCGGCUUGGUAGUGCAUCUGUACCUGUCAAAGGCAUAGGGUACCAGCUUGGUGUCGCUUCUGGACCAGCCCAGGGGGCAGGGUACCAGCUUGGUGUUCCUUCUGGACCAACAAAAGGGGCAGGGUAUCCGCUUGGUGGCGUCUUUAGGGCUACACCUGGGCCUGGCCAGGGAGUAGGGUAUCCGCUUGGUGGCGUCAUUAAGGUUACACCUGGGCCUGGCCAGGGAGUAGGGUAUCCGCUUGGUGGUGUCUUUAGGGCUACACCUGGGCCUGGCCAGGGAAUAGGAACUCGGCUUGGUGCCUCUGGACCUGGCAAAGGAGGGUAUCCGCUUGGUGGCGUCUUUAGGGCUACACCUGGGCCUGGCCAGGGAGUAGGAAGUCAGCUUGGUGGUGUCUAUAGGGUUACACCAGGGCCUGUCCAGGGAGUAGGAAGUCAGCUUGGUGGUGUCUAUAUGGUUACACCUGGGCCUGGCCAGGAAGUAGGAACUCCACUUGGUGGUGUCUUUAGGGCUACACCUGGGCCUGUCCAGGGAGUAGAGUAUCCGCUUGCUGGUGUCUUUAGGGCUACACCUGGGCCUGUCCAGGGAGUAGGAACUCAGCUUGGUGCCUCUGGACCUGGCAAAGGAGGGUAUCUGCUUGUCGCUUCUGGACCAACAAAAGGGGUAGGGUACCAGCUUGGUGUUCCUUCUGGACCAGCCCAGGGAGUAGGGUACCCGCUUGGUGUCGCUUCUGGACCAGCCCAGGGAGCAGGGUAUCCGCUUGUCGCUGCUUCUGGACCAACAAAAGGGGUAGGGUACCAGCUUGGUGGUGCUUCUGGACCAGCCCAGGGAGUAGGGUACCCGCUUGGUGUCGCUUCUGGACCAGCCCAGGGAGCAGGGUAUCCGCUUGUCGCUGCUUCUGGACCAACAAAAGGGGUAGGGUACCAGCUCGGUGGUGCUUCUGGACCAGCCCAGGGAGUAGGGUACCAGCUUGGUGUUCCUUCUGGGCCUGGCCAGGGAGUAGGGUACCCGCUUGGUGUCGCUUCUGGACCAGCCCAGGGAGCAGGGUACCCGCUUGGUGUCGCUUCUGGACCAGCCCAGGGAGCAGGGUACCCGCUUGGUGUCGCUUCUGGACCAGCCCAGGGAGCAGGGUACCCGCUUGGUGUCGCUUCUGGACCAGCCCAGGGAGCAGGGUACCCGCUUGGUGCUGCUUCUGGACCAACAAAAGGGGUAGGGUACCCGCUUGGUGCUGCUUCUGGACCAACAAAAGGGGUAGGGUACCCGCUUGGUGUCGCUUCUGGACCAGCCCAGGGAGCAGGGUACCCGCUUGGUGUCGCUUCUGGACCAGCCCAGGGAGCAGGGUAUCCGCUUGUCGCUGCUUCUGGACCAACAAAAGGGGUAGGGUACCAGCUCGGUGGUGCUUCUGGACCAGCCCAGGGAGUAGGGUACCAGCUUGGUGUUCCUUCUGGACCAGCCCAGGGAGUAGGGUACCCACUUGGUGGUAUUAAGGUUACACCUGGGCCUGGCCAGGGAGUAGGGUACCAGCUUGGUGUCGCUUUUGGACCAGCCCAGGGAGCAGGGUACCCGCUUGGUGUUCCUUCUGGACCAGCCCAGGGAGCAGGGUACCCGCUUGGUGUUCCUUCUGGACCAGCUCAGGGGGCAGGGUAUCCGCUUGGUGGCAUCAUUAAGGUUACACCUGGGCCUGGCCAGGGAGUAGGGUAUCCGCUUGGUGGUGUCUUUAGGGCUACACCUGGGCCUGGCCAGGGAGUAGGAACUCGGCUUGGUGCCUCUGGACCUGGCAAAGGAGGGUAUCCGCUUGGUGGUGUCUUUAGGGCUACACCUGGGCCUGGCCAGGGAGUAGGAAGUCAGCUUGGUGGUGUCUAUAGGGUUACACCAGGGCCUGUCCAGGGAGUAGGAACUCAGCUUGGUGGUGUCUAUAUGGUUACACCUGGGCCUGGCCAGGAAGUAGGAACUCCGCUUGGUGGUGUCUUUAGGGCUACACCUGGGCCUGUCCAGGGAGUAGAGUAUCCGCUUGCUGGUGUCUUUAGGGCUACACCUGGGCCUGUCCAGGGAGUAGGAACUCAGCUUGGUGCCUCUGGACCUGGCAAAGGAGGGUAUCCGCUUGUCACUUCUGGACCAACAAAAGGGGUAGGGUACCAGCUUGGUGUUCCUUCUGGACCAGCUCAGGGAGUAGGGUAUCUGCUUGGUGCUGCUUCUGGACCAACAAAAGGGGUAGGGUACCCGCUUGGUGUCGCUUCUGGACCAGCCCAGGGGGUAGGGUAUCUGCUUGGUGCUGCUUCUGGACCAACAAAAGGGGUAGGGUACCAGUUUGGUGCCGCUUCUGGACCUGCCCAGGGAGUAGGGUACCCGCUUGGUGGCAUCAUUAGGGUUACACCUGGGCCUGUCCAGGGAGUAGGAACUCAGCUUGGUGGUGUGUCUAGCAUUACCCCACUAACAAGGUCCCAUAACUUUGCUUUUGCUCAGGAUAGUAAGCUUGGUUAUCCCUAUGUUCAAAGUGUGCCUGCUGGACAAGGCAUCCAUCCUCAGGCUAGUUUAGUUCAGACCCGGAAAUUCCAUUAUGACACGGCUCACAGCCUAGAUGUUCAGCCUGGUUAUGGCCCUAGCUUAACCUGCUCCACUGGUUCCCCACAAGUGGGUUCACAGGGUACAUCUAGUUCAGAUCAAAGUGUAGGCUCACAAGUUGGUACACGUCUACAUCAGUUGCUAGGAUUCCCACUUGGCACUAUAUCCUUUAAAAGUGCAGAUGCCUUAAGUCGUCAGUUCAAGAAAUCCACGUGAAACCUUAUUCCAGGGAAUUGCUGAAACCACACUGGUUCUCCUGUCAUGAAUUUGGUCCUGCCCUGGAAAAGCUGUCCUGACCUGUACCUCUUCAGAAAUCUAAAUGCACUUCAACAGUUCUAUAGCCUACUUGCCUUUUGUGCUUAAUUGAUGGGUAUCAAACUGUUAUUGGUCAAUUAAAAUGACGCUGAAUUCAAA